AUGGCCCGCGGCCGACCCUGGGGGAGGGUGCCCCUGGGCAGUGCCUGGGGUCGGGCUGGCUCCCCCGCCCCCCGGAAUGCCCCUCCGGCGCCGCGCAAGCCCCGCUCAGCCCAGCCCAGCCCCGGGAACAAAGCGGCGGGAGGAAGCAGGAGGGCCGAGCGCCGGAGACACAGAUGCGGAGGAUGGAAAAAGGGGACGCGAGGAGGACGGAAGGCGCGGAGAGAUGGAGGCGCCCGCCGAGCCCGCAAGAAAACCGAGACCGACCUCUCCCCACUCCUCGCCAGGGGCAGCUUGGCGACCGCCGAGUGGAGACCCGAAGAGGGGCUCGUGGAGCUGAAGUCUCCUGCGGGUAAAUUCUGGCAGACCAUGGGCUUCUCGGAGCAGGGCCGGCAGCGGCUGCACCCCGAAGAGGCCCUGUAUCUGCUGGAGUGUGGCUCUAUCCAGCUCUUCCAUCAAGACCUGCCGCUUUCUAUCCAGGAAGCCUACCAGCUGCUGCUGACCGAGGACACGGUGACUUUCCUGCAGUACCAGGUCUUCAGCCACCUGAAGAGACUGGGCUAUGUGGUUCGACGAUUCCAACCAAGCUCGGUCCUGUCCCCUUAUGAGAGGCAGCUUAACUUGGAUGGCAGUGCCCUUAACUUGGAGGAUGGAGAAGGCAAGAGGAAGAGGAGGAGCUCCAGCUCUCGGUCCAUUAAUAAGAAGGCCAAAGCCCUGGAGAACUCCCUGCAACCCGAGAGUCUGGCAACCUCCAGUCCACCUCCCCGCAACCAGCACAGCCGAUGCCCAGAGGAGAAACCCCAGGAGUCAAGCCCCAUAAAGGGCCCAGGGCCCUUUCAACUUCUGGGGUUCCCAGGUCCCAGCCCUGGGCUGGCCGAGGAGGGGGUGGGGUGCAGCUGGGACAGUGACAAAGUAGAGAAUGGAGUCAAGGGUGCUGGUAAGCCACGCUGGAACUUUGAGCAGAUCUCCUUCCCCAACAUGGCUUCAGACAGCCGCCACACCCUCCUGCUUGCCCCAGCCCCAGAGCUGCUCCCAGCCAAUGUGACUGGGCGGGAGAUGGAUGCCGAGUCCUGGUGCCAGAAGCUGAACCAGCGCAAGGAGAAGCUUUCCCAGCAGGAACGGGAGCACCAGAUGGAAGCCAGACACUUCGGCAAGGACGUAAAUGCAGACCCCGAGGUGCAGCGCUGCUCCAGCUGGCAGGAGUACAAGGAGCUGCUGCAGAGGUGGCACCUGAACAUGAGCCAGAGCUGCCCUGCACACCUGUGGGACCAGCCUGUCACCCCCUUGCUGAACCCCAGCCAGGCAGACUCCCCAGCCAUGGUCCUUCAGCAGAUCUCUGUGCUGCAGACAACACACCUUGCUGAUGGAGGUGCCCGGCUGCUGGAGAAGUCUGGGGGCUUGGAAAUUAGCUUUGAUGUCUAUCAGGCUGACGCUGUGGCCACAUUCCGAAAGAAUAACCCUGGCAGACCCUAUGCCCGGAUGUGCAUUAGUGGAUUUGAUGAGCCUGUCCCAGACCUCUGCAGCCUCAAGCGGUUGUCCUACCAGAGCGGGGACGUCCCUUUGAUCUUUGCCCUGGUGGAUCAUGGAGACAUCUCCUUCUACAGCUUCAGGGACUUCACGUUGCCCAGAGAUCUGGAGCACUGACCACACAGCUCUCCGGGGGCUGGCCUUUGCUCUGGGGGACCUGGACCGUCUGUUCUCAGGGACCAUCUCAGCUGCCUCCUGUACCCAGACUCUGACCUGUAGCUGCAGGGGCUAGUCUGGGCCUUGGCCCUGGGUGUCUGAUACUUGCAAGAGGGAAACUGCCCCUCCCUGCUUCCCUGCUGCCUGGCAGUGACCCUUUUAGAACUCAGGACUAGCUAGAUUUUAGCGACUCAGCAGGUAGGGCAGAAGAGAGGACUGUGCCUUUAACGAGAGGGUGCCUGCUUCGUGCCAUAAAAGCCAAAGCCAUUAAAGAUAGAUCUCUUUUCUG